UGUUCUCUUGUCGUCUCCCAAACACUCAGUGCAGUGCUGGGCACACGGUGAACGCUCAAGAAAUUGGCCUGAAGGAGGAAAUAACCCUGAUUAUUGGGGUUGUUAUAGGAGGGAGGAGGAAGGAAGAGAAGGAAGCAGGAGGAAGGAGGAGGUGGCGGCGGCCGCUGUAGUUUUGGCAAAUCGAAAGUGGAUGCAAACGGGCUCGGAGAGGCCGGGCAGGCGGCUGGGAGGGCGGUGUGCUGGCUGACAGGGUGGACAAAGGAAAGCGUAGUAGCCUCCUCCUCCUCCUCCCCGGCCCAGGCCCAGGCCCGGCCGUCGGGGGUCAGGGGUCGGGGGUUCUUUGGCGGAGCGUGUCGCAGAGGGGGAGUGAGCGGCCGGUGGACAUGCAGGGCGACGCCAGAACGUCGGGUCUAAAAGGAAUGAGACAAGGCAUCCACAAUGAACGUGGUCAGUGUGGCUUCAUCCUGAGCGGGCCAGAGAGUCUCUCCACCCCGGGAGCCUUGGCAUGAGUGUGUCCAGGGUGGCGGCCGCGGUCAUCCAGCAGGUCGAAGAGGAGCUGGAUGAAGAAGAGAAGGAGACGCUGGUGUUCCUGUGCCGGGACCUGGCCCCCGACCUGCCGUCCGCGGACGUCAGGGAGCUCCUGAGGGCCUUGAAUGACAGGGACCAGCUGACCCUGGCCGCUCUCUCCGAGUUGCUCUACCGAGUGAAGAGGUUUGACCUGCUCAAGAGGAUCCUCAAGACGGAGAGAGCCACCGUGGAGGCCAACCUGAUCAGGAAUCCCCGGCUCGUCUCUGAUUAUAGGCACGGUUCCAGUCACUGGGAUAGAUACAAGCUAAUCAGGGUGCUGAUGGCGGAGCUUGGGGAGGAUAUGGAUAAAUCGGACGUGACCUCAUUCAGUUUUCUCCUGACGGAUUACAUGGGACGAGGAAAGAAAGCUGUGGACAAGAGCUUUCUGGCGGUGGUGAUUGAAUUGGAGAAGCUAAACCUGGUUGCCCCUGAUCAGCUGGAUUUACUAGAAAAGUGCCUGAAGAACAUUCACAGGAUAGACCUGAAGAAGAAAGUUCAGAAAUACAGGCAGGCAGCUUUGGGAGCUUCCAACUUCCAGCCCAACUAUGUCAAUGCAGUCCAGGCCUCUCUCCCUAACCUUAGUCUUCUCGAGCCACUGAGCUGCCAAGAGCACCAAGCUGGAAGAAUUCUGCGGCAUGGCAUUCAACCAGAGCCUGUUAAGACUUCCGUUCAGGAGUUGGGACUCGCCGUAAUUCAGCCGCCGCCCGACGAACGUUACAGGAUGCAGAGUCAGCCCCUAGGCAUCUGCUUGAUCAUCGACUGCAUUGGCAACGACACGGAGAGGCUGAAAGAGACCUUCGAGGCACUGGGGUUCGAGGUGAUGACCUGCCCCUACCCGGACGUGGAGACCCUGGACCGGACCCUGCGCGACACGGCCCGGCUGCCCGGCCUCGGGGCCUGCGACAGCUUCGCCUGCGUCCUGGUCAGCCGCGGAGGCCCCGGCACCGUGCUGGGCGUCGGCCCGGCCGGCCCCCCCUUCCCCCUCCGCCGGCUGAGGACGUUCUUCACCGGGGACGCCUGCCCCGCCCUCCUGGGCAAACCCAAGCUGUUCUUCAUCCAGAGCUACCUGGUCCCCGAGGGGCAAGGCGACCCGUCCAACCUGCUGGAGGUGGACGGGUGUCCGGGCUUCCGGCCGCCCCCCCAGCCCGGAGCCGGGCUCCCCCGCGAAGCCGACAUCUUCUGGAGCCAGUGCCAGGUGGCCGUAUCCGUGCUGGAGAGGCCACCUGGCUCUGUCUCCUUCUACCUGCGGACCCUGUCCGAGCUGCUGCUCCAGCCCACUUCCAGGAGGCGCCCCUUGCUGGACAUCCACACGGAACUGACCCGCAAGGUGGACGAUCGGAACGGCUGGGCAGCUUCUGAGGAGAAGUACUCCCUCGUACUGAAGCACACGCUGAGGAAAAAACUCAUCCUCGCCCACAGUUGAAAAGCCCCCUGCGUGCCCAAUCCUCUCCUCCUAAGGAGGUGUUUAGGCUCCGGGGGCGGGGGAGUGGGUGGAGGAUGGGGAGGAGGGCUGUGCCCAGCCCCCUGGUUUGGGCUGGCUUCCUUUGGGGUUGGGGCAAGCGGAUGAGCAGAGAAGAGACCCGGCCCAGCGCGGGGUUUCCCUCUGGUGGCGGAAUCAGUUUGGCCCCGGGGACCUGCGUGGCGGCUGUGUGACCUUAGUCAAGUCACUUUACUUUGCUGGGGCUCAAUUACCUCAUCUAGAAAAUGGAGGUGA